UGGGGCGGUGCGGUGCCGCCCCUCACGGCGGAAGGGGCGGGCGGCAGCGCGGUGGCGGCAGCGUGGUACCGCGAUGGGCCGCAAGAAGAAGAAGAAUGGUGCAGGCGGCAGAGAGGGUCGGCUGGUGGUGACUUUUGACGAGGACAGGCGGAGGGAGUACCUGACCGGCUUCCACAAGAGGAAGGUGGAGCGGAGGAAGGCGGCCCUGGACGAGAUCAAGCGGAAGCUUAAGGAGGAGCAGAGGAAGCUGAAGGAGGAGAGGCACCAGGAGUACCUGAAGAUGCUGAGCGAGAGGGAGGAAGCGCUUGAUGAGGCUGAUGAACUCGAGCACUUGGUGACAUCACGCACGGAGUCUGUGAACAUCGACCACCCGAAUCACAUUGUAACCGUGACCACCAUCAGUGACCUGGACCUCUCCGGGGCACGCCAGCUGGGAUUGACCACACCUGUGGGCAAGAGUGAUGAAUCAAAAGAAGAGAAAGGAGAAGAGGUGGUGAACAAACCUGUAAAAGCAAUGCCCAAGAAGUCCAGAAACCCUUUCCUGUCUGAAAAGGUCUCUGCUCUUACUGCCACGCUGCACAUGCGCAGCCGGAAAAAGAGAAAAGGAAAGAGACUCCAACGUGGGCAAGGCCCACGCAAGAAAAUCCAGAAAUCCGGCACGGGGCGGACCACUAAGACUCAGCGGCGGAGGCUAACGGGCAAAAUGAGCCAUGAUCAAGAUUGAUGAAGGAACUAGUGCUCAGCCCAGCAGCUGGGACAGUGCUCCACAUCUGGCCGGCUGCUCUUUGGGACCCUUUCACUGUGGGCAAGGGCCUUGUUGACUUGGCUCUCUGACCAGCAGUGAGCCCAGAUCACCUUUCCUCUCCCCUCCUGAGCUCCGGUCAGGGUGACUAUGGACACUCUACCCAUGUGUUUCCACAAUGAACUCCAGCUACUAAGUGCCUGGGUGCCAUGGAGUCUCUAAAAACUUCUGCUGGGAUCACACUGUCUGUUUGGCAUGACCCUUCUGUCCUUGGGCCUCCCCUUCCAGAGCUGACACCUGGCUUUAUCAAAGGAGAGGAUCUGGGGCAGAGUGCAACAGGCACAUGGUCAUGGCAGUUUAUGAGGCUUGGAAGAGCUCUGCUUCCACUCUUGUGCAUCAGUGCCCUGGCUUUUCUCCUGUGCAGUAAAUCCUUUUUCCAUAG